AGUUCGCCUCUCUCCCUUUUCCAUCCACCCGCCAACCGUUCGUGCCGUUUUAGUUGCUUUCCAAUUACCAUAGGAGGACAUUACUUUGAAUAUCCCUACAUCCCCAAUUUACUCUGCCACCCCUCCCCUUUUUUCGUCCCGGAUCUACAUUUUUGCUUCCCUGCUUUGGACCGCCUCGACACCAUCUCCGUGAUGCCUGUUCAUGCCAUCAGUGGCUGUAAAAACUGCACCUGA